CACUUUCUACCCGCGAACAGCUCCGCCUUCACGCCUUCAUUGAGAUAGUAUCUUUCUUUCCUUCAUACCCAGCAGUCAGUUCAACAAUAUGGGCGAAGUUCUGAACGUUGUUGUUGCGGUCGCGGUUAUUGUCUUCAUCGUCCGGUGGGCAACGUCUGGGAAGGACACAUCCUCAGGACCGUCUCCAUCAACCGUGCUCGGAUUCCGACCGAAGAAUGUUACGGUAGACAUGGUCGACACCGUACAUACUAUGUUCCCUGACAUCCCAAGUGACAACAUCCGAUACGACCUCCUACGCACCGGAAGCGUGCAGACGACCACGAAUACCAUCCUCGAGCGUGGCUUCCUGCCCGCGCCACCACCCGCGUACUACACGCUCUAUCCCCGCGCACUCAACUCAACAGACACCGCGCCCGCCCGUCGGGGACCCACUCCAGCAGCCGCCUCGUCGUCCUCGAGCAAGUCCAAGUCCUCGAGCCUCAUCGAGCGGUACAACCUCGAAGACCGUGUGGCGCUCUCGUCCGGCGUCGAGGCGCGGACGCCGGAAGAGGCCGCAGGGCGAGCGGUGUGGGAGGAGAAUGCUGAGAAGCGGGAGGCGAGCUUGCGCGAGAGGAAGGCGCAGAUGAUCCUUGCCGCCAGGCAGCGGUUGCUUGCACAGCAAGCGAAGGAGGCUUCCUCGUCAUGACGCACGCAUGGUUACAGUCGGAGGGUUUCUAGAGGGUUUUGGUGGCCGGUAUUCACAGCUCCGCUCGUCAUUGUCUAACUUACGCAUUGUAUUGGUUACGUUCCGCAAUCGAUUUUGAGCCCACGCAUGAGGGAUGAGACAACACCAUCAUCCUCGCGCAUCGCCAA